AUGGCAGCUGCUCAGGCCCCCAACACCCUUGGGGCGGCCGUUGUCGCUGUGGCGUGGGUCUUCGGAGCCUUUGCCAUCGUCGUUGUUGCAGCACGCUUCUACGUCCGGAUGAGAAUCGUGAGAAAGCUCUUCAGGGAUGACUACAUCAUCUUAAUUACGCUAGUUUUCGCGAUGAUCAACAGCAUCUUCGUGACCGUCUCCGUUUCAUGGGGAUUGGGUCACCACAUAGAUGUCUUGUCACCUCGUCCGGAGCAAAUCACAUACACUGUCAAGUGGAUGUUCCUGAGCGAGAUUUUUGCCAUCAUGUCGCCCGGAUUUGGCCGCAUCUCCUUCGCCUUCCUCCUCCUUGGCCUCCUUCCGCCCAGCGGGCCUAGGAGCGUGCGUCCAAAGAUCCUGUGGAGUAUCAUUGCCAUCCAGUUUGUCGUCGAUCUCGCUACAGUCAUUAUAAGCAUGGUCCAAUGCAGGCCCAUUGCGGGAUUCUGGGAUAAGAAUAUCCAAGCCGAUUGUUGGGACCCCAGGGUACAACAAUAUGCGGGCUUCCUCCAGGGCUCGAGCUCGACAGGCGUACACCGCCACAGCCACUCGAAAAUGGCGAAUCCUCAAGACUUGCCGUCAACACAGAUGGUCUUUACCAAGUACCCUGACCUGCCAGAAGACAUCAGGUUUAUUAUCAUCAAUGAAGCCAUGGAAGUCGCUCGCCGAGAAUCCUUCAAGGUCAAUCGUUCUUGGAAGACCGAAAAGCUAUUCCUCUUUCCAUUGGCAUCAAUCACCUAUGAGUGGAACAGGGCCAUUGAGAUGCUCUUGCUCGACCGUAUCUCAAUCACACCCUCCUGCCUCUCCGAGUUUGCCGAAAUAUGUGGCAAACGCCCCGGAAGGUUGAACAACAUCUCGCUUAACAUUAGAAGAACCGAAAAUGCUGGCGAAGAUGGACCGGAGGCUUGUGUUGGAGCCGCAAUUGCGCACCUUUUCAACAUCAUGAAGGAUUGGAGCCAUGUGGAUAGGGAACGGCAGGGUCUGCUGAAAGUUUGUCUGGGCAUGCACAACGAUUUGCUCGACUACCACGCACCUGGGACCAACCUCAACUGCAAGUUCGGUACACUUCCUAAGGUGUAUAUCAUUGGAGCCUUGUAUGAGGUAGGGUUUGAAUUUAUGCUGCACCCUUCAAGCUCCCUCUGUCUCCACCAAAGGUGCCCAAAUAUACGUCACGUCACCCUUGGCUUGCCAUUUUUCGACCACGUGGACAAAUCAGCCGAACAGGCUAGCGACGCCAUCAUCUCCUUGGCAAGCACUGAGCCAGAUUUGAAUCACCUGGAGCUCGUAGCACGUUGGCACCCAUCCAGAUACCCAGACGCACGAGUCGCUUGGAUGCCUGCGGUCAACUGUGUUGCUGCCUUUUCGCCUUCCUGGACCAAUAAACUGGUGCGACUCGUCCUCAAGCAUGCGGAUGGCCUACCACGUUUUCUCCUCGAGGCAGUCAACAUCAAGAAACUCGACGCGGUUGUGUAUUUCAAGGCAAUCCAACUCGGCCUGAGGCUUGGGUACCCAGUCAGUAUGGAGCAUCAUUACUGGUCUGAGGAUGAUUACUGGAUUCAGUCUUGUUCCUACCGGUUUGUGCCAAACUACGACAAUGGGGUAGCAAUAGCGGUUGGUACCGACUUCCCAGGCCAUCUUGCGACGGAGCUGCAACAGACUGUGCGACGCCACCAACUCAAAGACCUCGGCGUGUUCUAUGAAAAGGACGAAUCAUCAAGAUGGGCCACUGGGCUUUUUUGUUGGCAGUGGAAUCCCGAGGAGAAAUGCUGGGAUGCAGCUUUCGAGGACGAGGCGGACGAGUUCACGUACCAGAUGGGCCAGUACUCCGACUCUACCAAAUCGGUGUGA